AUGUUUUUAUAAGCCAUAAAAGUUAAGGAUUGCAGGUAUUGUGCACAAUAAUGAAGAUUGGAGCCUAUUCAAUUAAAAUACAGUCCAUAAGUACCUCGCCAACAUACCCCUGAAGGAUUGAGCAAGAUUGGAAUGUUCAACAGCACUUUAUUUUAAGGAAAGAAAUCAGUUGAGAAGAAAAAAUAAAGUACUUAGGGUGAUCAAAGAAGACCUUAAUCUUCAUUUUAAAGGAUUACUAAACCAGCCUUUUUUAAAAAUGUGUUUACAGUUUAAUAUAUUGUAAUGCUUAACAUAAAAAGGAUAGUUUUUUUGUGAAAAUGGAAAUAAUGGAAAUUUGGUUAGAAGAAUUUUGUAAGGAAGAGGAUGGUUUGGUGAAUAAUAAACAAGUUAUAAGUAAAUAAAUGAUAGAUAUUUAAAGUGUGAAUUUUAUUUGGAGAUAAUCAAAUAAAGGUUUCAAUUAUUCAACGUUAACAUCGAAAAAUGUUUGCAUAAAUCAUUUAGAACAUCAUAAUGAAAUAUCAAAUAAAAAUAAAUUGCAUGCUAAUUUAAAAUCAUAUUGUUAAAGAACAAAUAAGAAUAUGGAUGAUUUUGUUCCUACAACUUUCAUAAUCAAUUUGGAUUCAACAACUUUACAAAAUGAUAUUAAAAAAUUUGUAGAUUAUUUCGUUGAAAUCAAAAAAGAUAAACUUCUUAAAAACGUUUGGUUACUCAAACCACCUGAUUUAAAUAGAGGAAGAGGAAUAUAAUUAUUCUCUGAUUUAAAAGUCUUAGUAAAUCAAAUUGAUGAAUUUUGUAAAACAAGGAAUGUUAAUAAAUAAAUAAUGUCUACAUCUAAAGCUGCUAAAACUUUAAUCAUAACAUAUCCAGAAUCAAAUGAAAGUACUUAAAAUGUUCAACUUAGAAACUGGGUAAGCUCAGAUUGAGUUUACAUUAGAUUAAACUCCCAAUUAAGAUAGAAUACUAGUUCUAUAAAAGUAUCUUGAAACACCACUUCUAUAUAAUGGUAGAAAAUUCGAUUUUAGAAUUUGGGUAUUAAUUGAUCAUACUUGCAAAUAUUAUUUUUUUAAAGAAGGGUAGAAUAUUAAUAUUAAUCCAGAUAUUUACGAUUGGCAAGUGAACAUUUCGAUAUUAACAAUCUAAAGUCUUUAUUUAUACAUUUGACUAAUAAUGCUGUACAGAAAAAUCAUCCUCAUUAUUGUAAAUAUGAAUUAGGAAAUUAAUUGAGUUUCUAAGACUUAUAAUAGUAUCUAACAUAAUAAAAGAAUACUAAAAUAACUUCAGUUGGGAUUGUGACAAAAAUGAAAGAACUCAUUCAUUAGACUAUUUUCUGUGCUAGUUCUAAAUUGCGAAAUAGUUGAUAUUGUGUGAUUAUUAUUUUAGAUCGUAAAGAUUAUCAAUUUGAAAUCUUUGGAUAUGAUUUUAUGAUUGAUAACAAUGGAAACCUUUGGUUAAUUGAAAUAAAUACUAACCCUUGUAUUGAAGAGAGUAGUCCUUUAUUAUAAAAAUUAAUUCCUAGGAUGUUAAGUAUUGUUUAUUUUUAUUUUAGAUGAUGCUUUUAGAUUAACAAUUGAUAAAAUAUUUUCUCCUUUCAAAACAUCAUAAGAAAACUUUCUGAACAAUCUUCAUGAAUUUAGCAUACCAGGAUAUAGUGAUAAGGAUAAUCUUUGGGACUACAUGGGUUAAAUUUGA